AUGAUGGACACCUACGAGACGGUGGUGUGCGUGCUGUCGCUGCUGAACGGCGUGGUGGCCGUCGUCGGCAACACUCUGUUCAUCGUGACCUUCUGCCGGCGGCGCGAGCUGCUCAGCCCGAUGCACGCCUACCUGGUCUCCAUCAGCGCCGCCUCGCUGGUGGUCGGCAUCAUCGUCCUCACCGGCGUCAGCUACUUCAGCCGACCCUACCACCUGGGCUUCAGCUCGCCGCAGGCCUGCCUCUACCAGUGGGUCAAGUCCUGGAUCAUCACCGCGGCCUCGGUCAGCAUCAUCUACUGCCUGCUGGCGGUGGCAGUUGAGCGGUACCGGACGUGUGUGGGCGCGCCGGCGCGCGGCGCCUCUCUGACCAGCACCGUGCUGCUGAUCGCGCUCAUCUGGGCCGGAGCGCUCACCUACACGGGCGCCACCAAGUACAUGACGUUCCAGAGCCUCGAGUCCUUCGCCGUGGUGAUCGAUAAUGGUGACAGCCUGAACGGCAGCGCCCCGGAGGUGGGCCCCGUGCAGCUGAAACUCUGCCACUACUGUCGCAGUUCUGCCGACCGCGUGUGGCGCGCGCACGUCGUCUACUUCUCGCUAGGAUACGUGGUGCCACUGGCCGCCAUGACCUUCCUAUACGCCAGCGUGAUCCGGCGCCUGCUCCGCAACCUGCGCCGUGAUCGCAACAACAGCACCGAGCGCGCCAAACUGCGCGCCAUCCAGGGCAUGGUGGUGAACGUGUGCGUGUUCGCCGUCAGCUGGGUGCCGUUCUUCGCCGUGCAAAUGCUGGCGCCGCUGCUCACACCGCGAAUGACCCCCGGGGGUGGUGCCGAGCUCCUUCCGCCGCGCACCCGGCUCGUACUGGACGCCUUCACGCUGUUCGGCACGGCCAACUCUUGGGUGCACGUGCUCGUCUAUCUGCGCUACAGUUCGCAGUUUUCCACGGCAGUCAGAGAAAUGGCGGUGGAGGGCGCGCAGACCGCGCGGAGACAGUCCGUGCGCGUGGUGCACCGGUUCCACCGUCGCUCGCGGCAGUCUCGCUCGUCGUCGACGCGUCAGACUCGUCUGAGCGUCGAAACGUCGCACUCGCGCACCACGCCUCUAACGUGA